CAGAAGAUAAAUGUGCAGAAAGUGUUCCACGUGCAAGAAUUUAUUGAUAAAAACAGUUCAACAUUAGAAUCCUGUUCCAUUACAGCAUCAGUAUCUGGAAACUUUUAAAAAAUUUUUAUGCUCCAUCCUUAACUGCUGAAGAGAGGCAAGAACCGGAAACAAAAGUUUAAGAAAAAUGUAGAGAGCCUUUUCUUUUAGUUAGGUCUUAGCAUAUACCCAUCAAAACAACACAAUUUUAUUUACUCAUAGCAAUCCUGCUUGUCAAUACUGCUGCAAGUGUUUCCUAUUUUGUUCCAGGUCUCUAACCAUUUACAAGAUUGAUAAAUAUUAUUUUUAAACAUUGUUAGGACUUCUAUGCCGAUGCCUUUUUCUGAUAAGGGGAAGAAAGGUGAUAAUAAUCAAGACAUUCUCUUCAAAACAGUCACUUAGAAUGAUCAAAAAAGUUGAAAAUCUGCUUGCUAUUUGUAAAGUCGGUGACAACAUGCUGAUUAUGCAAAUGGGAACAGGCAUGAAAUUUUAAACAUGGGUAUAAAUUAUUUUCACUACUAUACUACUGACAUAAAAUUGUCUGGUGUCAUUGAAGCGUAGCAAUACAAAACACACAAUUUUCAAGUAAAUAUGUUCUAUUUCAUUCCUGCUUCAGGAGAGGACAUAUUUAAAGAAGCUGCAGGAACAUGGCCAGCAACCAAGUAAUACUGGUUCUCUUCUACAGCGAAAUCUGGAAAUCACUUUCUACAGCAAUACCUCAAAUAGUUUCCAUGAAUAAAAGAAACGCAUACACCAGUAUCAGGAGUGCAACAGAAGACAAAGCUCCUCUGUAUCAGUUGCAAGCAAACGGACCCAGUUUACAGAAAUCUGGAAGAGCACUGACUGUUACACCACCACCUCAGUUCCCCAAAGCAUAUGCAGAACCUAGCGAUGGAAGCUGGAUAGCAGCACUGAUAAUCGGCAUCAUUUUGGUUAGUAUGAUAACAGCUAUUAUUAUAAUUGUUCUGUGGAAAUGCUGCAGGAGGCCGGUUCUGGCCGAUUCCAAUUGGGCAGGUCGUUCUCCGUUUGCAGAUGGAGACACACCAGAUGUCUUUACGGACUCCGACCAGGCUACCAAACGUUCAUCAGUUUUAUUUAUGUUGCCUUGGAAAUGGAAACAAGACGCCAAUUUACAGCACGAUCCCACUACAGCAGAGAAGCCGUCCCACUGCACUACCGGCAACGAAGAGAGCCAGCUGCCUCCGCCGGCCGAAGCCAGUCCUGCCGUUUCCAUCCCGGACACAUCUCCAGCCCCCACCUCAGCAGCAGCAGCCCGUGCCCGAGACUCCUGUCCUCACCCCGCGGCUCCACCCGAAGCCCCAGAUCUGCCACCUCCCCCUGAGUGGCUCAGGGAACCAACCGAGGAGCCCAGUUCAGAUCUCGGCAAGUUCCAGGAAUGCCACCCGGAAGCAGAGGAGCAACUUCCCCCGCCACCCGAGUUCCUUAUUCAAGAGAUUCACCAACCGCUGCCCCAGCCAGAACACCCUGUGUAGACUGCCAAACUGGAUUGCCGGCACACUUCACAUUUUCUCUUAAAUGAAGUAUUCUUCACAUAACCGAAAAAAGGAGAAGUUGAUGCAGGCAGGAACAGUAAGACCACAGCCUGGACAUUUCCCCAAGUGUUUCGUAUCUUCAGCUUUCACAAAAGGGAACCACCUGCUUCUGCCUGAAGCAAAUAAUUUCAAAAUAGAAUAUGGGUCGUGCCCACUAGUUAUCUGUAACUAGCAAUUCCAAAAUUUGAAGAUUACAGAAAACAGAGCACGCACACCUUUGCGUGUCGGUGUAUCGAUAUACGCAGCUUACACACAGACACGGAGGUUUCAAGGAACAGGACAGCUUUAGAGGUACUCAGGGCCUCUAAAAACUGUCUGUUCUCCUAGGCGGCAUAAGUGAAUGCAAUGAAUUCAAGGUAAUUUUAAUAAAGCUUUCUAAUUCAAAGA